UGGGAGUCGAAGCGUCCUCCUUACACGGCGGCCAUCUUACUUCGGACAGCUAACCGUUCUCUAGCUGAUGAAAUACACGUGAAACACAACAAGCAUGCCUGACUUUUGUGCUGCCUAUGGAUGCUCUAAUAGACGAUGUCUUCAAACACGACAACGUGGGAUCACCUUUCACUCAUUUCCCAAAGAUGGAGAAAGAAGGAGGCAGUGGGAAGUUGCCCUAAGAUGGAAAAACUUUGUUGUCACAAACAGGACGAUGAUCUGCAGUGAGCAUUUCAAGGCGGGGGACUUCGACAGGACUGGUCAGACUGUCCGACUUAAAGCUGGUGUUAAGCCAACAAUAUUCAGCUUCCCUGCUCAUCUUCAGAAGGUUAUACGAACAAGAACCACAGCCACCUCUAGAAGAGCGGAUGACAGCCUGGACGUGUCUGAGCCUAAUGAACCGGGAACGGCUGGAGAAAGGCGCAAGGAACAAAAGAGUCAGGCUACUGACCAUGCAUAUGGAUUACCCGCUUGCCCCAAAUACAUUAAAGCCAAGCUUGAUGCAGCCUCUGCAAGAAUUAGGAAAUUGGAGCGUGAGAAGAGCGAUGCCAUGAAAAGAGAAAUGAGGGCCAAGGAAUGCAUACAGUCUCUUCUUAAGGAGCUUAAGGACAAAAACCUCAUCACCGAAGAGCUGAAUGACCACCUUGAAUGCUACUCAGACCUUCCGGUUCACCUCUUGUCAAGGCCAAGCUGACGCUCAGUGGCAUCAGCUCUGAGGAAGAUCGCAGACACGAUCAAAACUGUCAGCAAGGAUUUGCUGUGCAGCGAGCCAUGACCAAGCUGUCCUGUGAUGUCUGCCGUGCCAGCCUGGUGAUGGAUGCUGCGUCUGCCUGUGAUGACCAGAGCUACCAUUUGCUGACUCUUAAGAACAACGGGGGUUUUGUGGUCCCAUCUGAAGGUACUGUGAGGGUCAUCAGAGAAGCAGAGAGGGCAAUUCGCCAGGCAUCAGUGGGCAGACGAUCACAGCCCAUCAAACCACUGGAGGUCAUCUACAUUGUGCGUAAGCGGAUCAGGUCAAAGGAUGUCUUUAUGCUUGGGGAGCACAUCAGUGAGACACAGUACGGAACUGAGUCUCACUCCCAUACACUGUUGACAUCUAUUGUCUCCUUGUUUUUUAAGCUGAGGGUGCACCACAUUGCAAGACUAGCAACUCUUAGCUUUCAGUCUGACAGCUGUAAUAGUUUAAUUUACAUGUUAUUUAAUGAGCCAUAAGACAUAAUAUUCCAUAGUAAAUAUGAAAUCACCCUUAUGGAUCUGUGGGUACUGUUUAACCAGAAGAUUGGAAUUUUUUAUUGCAGGGAUUAGGUAACAGCUUCAUAUUAACUCAGACAACAGAAGAGAGAGUCAAGUUUAAAAGUUUAAAGAUUUAUUACUAAACAAGUUAAACUAGACUAACUUUAACACUAAAUGUAUGGUGUAACUAAGGUGAAUGAGACGGAGAAUGGUGUAGUGUGGAAUGUUGCUCAGAACCAGCAAAUCCAAAGAAACGAUUAGUUCUGGUGGGAAUGAAGGUGAUGUCUUUGAGCUAAGCUUUGGUUAGGAGAUUCAUAAACACAUUCAACGCCAUUCUGUCGCCUACAUACCCUUUUGGAAGUCCCCGUUAGAUCAGGAAUGUCGAGGUCCAGCUGGACCCUUUCUGGAACCGAAGCCGGUAGGAAAAGCAGCGGUUGCCGACCAGACCAGUCUUUGAGAUACUUCCGGGUCACGACAGUUUUGUUGGCAUCUAGCGAGACCCAAAACUGGGUCUCGAUGGUUCAGCUUUUAUUCUGAAAGGAACCGUUGCAGCAGGUGGAACAGCAACAGAUUUGAUCAAGCUUGUCAUUGGUUCUUUUGGCUGAAGAGGAAAGUUACGGAUUGGCCACUCCGACAACUUCUCUAGAACGUUUUGAACUGGCGUUAAAGAUGACGUGGGCAUAGUUUUAUAUUUCGGAUGUUUUGGUUUAUGGUCGAAUGAAAAGAUGACAGAUUUAUCAAGCACCUCCAAAACCACGCCUCCGUCAGAUCUGGCAGAUUCUGAUAGGAUCAGUAAAAGCAAUGUGUCGUCUCUUAACGCUACGUGAGAUCAGUCCUAGUGGAAACAUUAAAAGUCAUAUUACUUAUUAUAUUCUAUAGGAUUAUAAUAAAGUAAUUAAUAUUUUGAUUUCACAGAUUGGUCACAUCUUAUUAUUGACUAACACUUUGUUUGAUUAGCUUUAUUAAAAAUAGAGUUCUUUGAUUUAUUAAAAGGAGAGAGUCCUUUUCUUCAUUCUUCUCUUGAGCUGGUAAGAAAGCAGUUUAUAGCAAAUGCAUGAGACCUUGAGGCAAUGUCUCAUGUAAACUAGUUCUGUGUCAGAGGAGAGGGGGCAAAUGACUUUUGGUGGAAAACAGUCAUUUCAUUUCGUUACACAGCGUGAGACAGAAGCUCACAAAAGCUGUCCUUUUCAAAGGUCGGUAGGAAAUCACAAUGCUUUAGCAUCUGUCUGUAGAUCUGUUAUUUUUAUAAUCAAAAUAUGUAUAAUCUGUAAUAAACAAGUUUUUCAUAA